AUGACAAUAUACGUCGUAGCUUCUGGCUGGCGGGGCGCGGGGUUUGUUGUUUUCGUUGUGCAUGACAGUGCGGGGCGCGGGCGUCAGCUGACCGACGGCCGUACCAACCGUUCAGCCCCGGUGGUGGACGGCUGUCGGCUGUGGACGGCCCCUGUGGCCGAGCGUGAGUACUUAGUUCGGCCUACGAACCACCGAUGGGUGACCACCGGUCCUGACCUGAAACGGCCCUCGACGGCGGUCCGUCAGCUCGAACUCGUUAGCGUUGUAGGCGCCGCGAUUGCUGUACCUGCGCGGGCCACCUCAGCUGAUGGCUGUGGAAACUGCGACGAUAAUAACUAA